CGGUGCGCAGGCUGGAGGGCGAGCUAGUUCAUUCAUAGCGGCUGCGCGCGACUGGCGUGUGUGUGUUGUGAGAGAGGAGAGAACGAAAACUCGCUCAGUGAGCGUCAUCGUCGUCAUCUUCGAUAACCCGCUAGUCGUAGUUUUUCGGCUAGUGUGUGAUCACCUUUUCAUUCGACAGUGGAUCCCUUUCCGAUGUCAGUCUUCUCUUCGACUGUCGUCUGCUGCGACGGAUACGUUCAACCAUUUGGAUACUCCGAGAAUCGCUGACGUCAGAGCCUCCAGCUAUACGCGUCUUUCUCUCUCGUCUGCUGCCAGCUAAGUGUGCUGGCGCUCUGUUGUCGCAGUGCUGCUAGAACCAAAACAAGCCAACGGUUUAACUUCAUUGUUCCAUCGGCCGCCUGCAAGCAUUGCUGAGGUAAGAACUCGAGGGGAGGGCAGUAUUAUUGUUUGUCGAGCCCUGUGGCGGUUUGUUGUGUGUCUCGCGCAAGCAGACUUGACCGAUGGUGGACGUUAUGAUACUGUAGAGUACCAAAGCGGGAAAGGUCAGAGGUCGAGGAGGAACUGGCCGCAACGGGGAGUCCAGAGGUGAGCACAAUGCCGGAAUCGGGCGACGUUGACAUCCUGACCCCACCUAGAGUGCACCUGGCUUCCCGACGAAGGUUCGACCUCAAGCUGGACCUGACUACCACACCCAGUGGCAGGGAACGUGGUGAGAAGAAGCUCCGACUGGAGCUGCUGACAGCUCCCAUACUGGACAUUCCCAACAAGAUCUCCGACAACACUAUCAACACUGCCAACAUCGCCAACACCACCACCUCCACGGGCUGCAGCAGCUGCCUGAACAAACAGACCGACGCCAGCCCCGAUGAGUUGGUGGAGGUGUCCAGUACCCCUCCGGCCUCUGUGAGGACAAUUGCCGCGGGCGAGUUGGCAGCCAAGUUGAGGAAGGCCCGGACCGUGCUGGUCAUUGACUGUCGAUCCUUCCUGGACUACAACCUGCAUCACGUGCAAGGCGCGGUCAACGUCAGCUGCACUGACCGUUUUAACCGCCGGCGAUUGCAGCAGGGCAAAGUGGGUGUCAUGGACCUGCUGGCCGCGCACGGCAAGGACCACUUCCGGCGCAAGCAUGCGCGUGACAUCGUCUUGUACGAUGGCCGGAGCAAUGGUCAAGACCAGCUGGACGGGGAGAGCGCCCUACACACCGUUCUCACAACACUGCUCAGAGAGGGUCGGCAGCCAGCGGUAUUACAAGGGGGCAUGAAGCAGUUCGAGGCUGAGUAUCCGGACUUGUGUUGGAGCGCUCGGCGGCAGGACGUUCCCGAUCGGCCUUUGUGUAGUCCUACCAAUGACACCAUGGAGCCAGAGAUCGAGACAGCCACCGCCUCGCAGGUCCUUCCAUUCCUUUACCUCGGUAACGAACGUGACGCCGCCGAACUGGAGAGGUUACGACGUCACAACAUUACCUACGUGUUAAACGUCACAGCUCACGUGCCGCAGUACUGGCAUGCGCACGGCAUCCGCUACAAACGCAUCCCAGCUUCGGACAGUGCCCAGCAGAAUCUCAAACAGUAUUUCGAGGAAGCCAUCGAGUAUAUAGAUGAUGCCCGGCAGAACGGCGCCUGCGUGCUGAUUCACUGCCAUGCGGGUGUGUCUCGCUCGGCCACCAUCACCAUCGCCUACAUCCUCAAGCACACCAAGAUGGCCAUGAGCGACGCCUACAAAUACGUCAAAGGCAAGCGCUCCAUCAUCUGCCCCAACUUCAACUUCAUGGGCCAGCUGCUGGAAUUCGAGCAGGACCUCAACCAGGGCAACUCGCCCCGCAUCCUCAAUCCUCGUCUGCAGGGCCUCGAGUCCACCGUGUGACGUCGGCCUAGCUGCGGCCUUCACCUCCCCAACCCGUUUACCACCUGAAAAUAUUCAGAAAACUUAAAACGGAAUCUCUGUAUUUUCGCAGACGUCAGUUUGUUCUGGAUCAUUUCUUCACCCUUGAGUCGGAUUCGCUGAAGGUAUCUUAAUUUUGGGUGUAUUUUUUUGGUUGGGGAGUGGGCAGUCAUCCUUCUUCCUACAGUUUACCUUUCGGCCGCAAACUACAAAGACUUUUUCUGCGUUGAGCAAAAUCACACGUUCACAAUUUCACGUCCUUCUAUCGGAGUGAACUGAGAGAAGCACGAUACACCUUGGUCCACAGCUGACAAGGUGCCCGGAUGUAAUCACAGAGACUGGAAAACGAUGCUACUUGGUGAAGUGAACAUUUCUAGGAACGUUGAAACUCAAAGCAAAUUUCAGUGGAAAAGUUGUGAUCGUGUUCCAGAUGAUGCAAGGACUUGGAGAGGAUGAGACAAAGAUAGAGAGGGAGAGUCUACUACACCUCUUCUGCUGGUUUCACACUUUCCAAAGGUCUUUACACACCGACACAAAAAAUGGUCGCCACGGGUGGCGAGACCCUGUCCGCUGGCUGCGUGCAGUUUGGUUCCCCACCCUUCCCAUCGCCGUUUCACCGUCAACCCUCAUCGCUGUCACUUCCUGAGGCCGUUGUUGGCAUGCAAAGAGAUCAUACUGAUGACACUUCUGAUCACAGCCGACUUUUCAUCGCGACAUCGUCUGCAAAGUGUUAGUCGUCGCUGUUUAUUUAUCUUUAUCUCUCACAUUAACGACACCGGCCUUCACCUUUCUCAGGAAUCAACGCACUGUCUAGGCAUUUUGUUUUAAAAUAACAGUCCUUUUCAUUCAGUGGCUGACAGCCAUACCUGACUCCAAAGACUAUGCUAGAAGUUCUCGCACGUUCUAUUGCCAUUGCCGACUCAGCUUUUAUUUACCGACUGGAGGACUGUUCUCAGGCAGCCAUAUUGGAAGCGGUGCUUCCAGGUAUUGGUUCGUGGAUCAAAACUUUUGCAAAAAAGAAAAAAGGCUAACAAUAAACACCCGUUCUACAUUCCCUGAAACUGUUUUUGAGUUCCCCUUUGACUCGUCUGGAAACCAUGCCCUGUUCAGAGGAAAAUCAAACUUGGAAACUUAAAAUAUGUGUGUGUGUGUGCGUUUAUGCGUGCCUUUGUGGCCCUGCCUUUGUAUAAGUGUGUAUGUGUGUGUGUUUGCAUGCGUGCGUGCACAUGAACUGCCCAAACACAGAACUGCCACUAGAGAGACAGAGAUAUGUGUCAGAUGCAGAGGGAAUGCAGUGUGCAAUAUUAUUUAGUACGGCCUCACAUCGCUACACCCGGAUUCCCCUUUUCUCCCUCCCUUACCAGCAACCCCCACCAUACCACCAGCUCCCAGUGUGUCGGAGCAUGUACAGACCUUCGGCCUUCUUGACAGAAAGGGAAUAGAUAGUUAUUUAUACAAUAAUUAUGUUUGUGGUUGUGUACAAGAAAACCCGUUUUUGAUUUAAAUUAUUUCUACAAAUUGAAAGUGGUAUAUAGAACUUUCUACAUAAAUCUUUUGGUAUAACGAAUGAAUGUCAUUUUUAUGCGCAUAUUUAGUGCUCGAUGGUGAAGUAUUUACAUAUUAGUCUUUAUGGGUCUGAUGCCGAUGAGCGUUUUUGGAAAAAGUGUCUCGACCGGACGUACAUCACGUAAACAACGUUAUACUCCCUCCCACCUCUCCCUCCUCUGUGUUACCGGUCUGGAUUCUUUUAAAGAAAUGUGGAUAUUUGUCAUGAUUUUUUUACAGUUAUAUGGAGUGAUAAUCGUUUGCACCUUCUGGAAUCAGUCUAAUCCGAUCGUGGUUGUUUCACUGUAGGCACUUGAUGUGUAUGUGUGUGUGUCCGCACUCCUGAGGUCACUAGUAUCGUGAAAUAUUAUGGUAUUAUUCUAGGUCACAAGGCAAGAAAACUAUGUCCUCGAAGAUGACUUUUUUAAAUUAUUGGUCUAGCAUAUCAACAUACUUCUCUAUUUUCUUGACAAACAAUACAUUUUGGUGGUUACUCGAGUCGUUGUGAGAUAUAUAGCUUAUUCUGGGUCUGUCGAAAACCUCAUCAUGGUCUAAAAAUAUUGUAGUUCGACAGCACUGUGUAUUCCUUGACUUCACAUACUGACAUAAUGUAUACUUCGUAAUACAUAUGUGUAACUUUAUUUGUACGAUCAUCAGUGAUUUUCUGGUGGGUGUGGGGGGAGAGGUUCCUUGAGAUGUGGGAAGUUGGUGCGAUUGUAGAGCCUUCAACUAAUGUGACAUCGCAUUCCAGUAGUACCAGAUCGAAAGAAUUCAGGGACGAGACCUAAAAGAGUUGUUUGUUUGUUUUUUUUUUUGGGAGAGGGAGGUAGGGCGGUUGGUGUAUUUGGGGGGAAAUUUUUUGUGUUGACAAAAAACCCAUUCUUCCCAACUAUUUCUGACAAAUUUAUUACGGCCUACUGGAGAAGGUGAGCAGGUAUAUAGGAGCAAAAUAUAAUACAGUUUCAUUAAAAGGGUUAUAGGCAGCUAAAGAGAUUGGUUUUUAGAGAUAUUGUUAAAUGUGCUUCAGCAUUACAUUAGGUUUCGUUCCCAUAUGUUUCCACUAUUUAUAUAUAUAUCGCAUUAAUUCAAGAGUACAGCAGCGCAGAUAUGAUUUGUAUCAGAAUAAUUAAGCCAAAAUGUCACGAAGAAACAUUAUGUUUUAGAUAUUAGAGAUCGAGAGCUGGGAUUUCGUUCUGAAGUAAGCUCACCUGAUAGGCUGGUCCACUCCAGGUUGUGCAAUGAUUAUUCAUUAUUUUAUACAGAAAUGUGAAUUUGGUCAUUCGUAUGUCUUUUUAUUUUUUUUUUUAAUUUUGACAUUCUUGCCUGACAUAGCCGCCAACAAUAUCUUCUCUGAAAAUGGCUUCACCCCUGUGUCCCAAUAAUCACCAGCUCUGCCUUACUCUGGCAGGAAUCGGACUUAAAAACGAAGCCCGGUUCUUGCUGUCAUUGGUUAACCUCAAACUGUAAUCACGAGCGUCGUUAACCAUUUCAACUCCACUAUGCACGUGACCACGAUGUGCUUGCGCAGACGGUAGUUUCCUGCAUGGUGGCCGCCAAAAAAGCACUGAACGGGUCAGAAUAUUAUUUAGAAGCUGUGCUGGCGACGUGAACAAAGAAUGAGGAAGUAUUAGAACACAAGUGUAAAUAGAUAUUUAUUUAUUGGAUUCGUAUUUUGUACGAGUUUGUACGUGUGACCGUACUGUACACGAUUUGUAUGGGAUCAUUAUGGACCAGUCGUAUUUCGUUCAUCUAGUUUGUGAAUUAUCAGCAUCCCAUUCAUUGACAUUUGCCACCUACCCGAAUGUGUCGCUUGGCAUUGGAAGCGGUGUACACCAACAUUUCGUCGCCAUGUUUAGUGUAACAGGUGUCCGCUUGUCCAUCACAGCCACUGCAUCCCAUCAUCCUAGUGCUAGGUGAGGUCAGUUUGAGGAGAGCGGGGCGUGGUGGACGAACCCUACAGAGGACACAAGCUGUGAGAGUGAAAGUUGCAUUGCAUGCUAGGUCUGCCUCGCUCCUCACCUGCUUGUGACUGUUUAACGGGACGACUUCUGGCACUGGAAUCGGUUUCCAGGGUAUCAACCCCACUAAUUGUUUGGAGCCGGCUCGAUCUAUCGCACAGGGAAGAAGUGCCUCGAUUACAGAAUAAGAAUUUAAGAGAGAGAAGGAAAGAAUGUAGCUGGGCGCCUCUCUACCAGACAUAAACGGAUGCUUCUUUCCCCGAUAUUCUGGGUGUCGCAAUGCUCAGUCAUAUGGAAGGACAGAAAGUGGAUAGAUAGGAAAGGACGAUAAGUAAGCAUGGAUAAGCAGCGAAUGACAACAAUCCAUAACCCAUCCAAACAUUUUAUUCAUUCAAACACUCGCUAACAGUCAAACACAAGCGUUCGAACACUAACCCUGUCUUAAACAUCUAUUCUAACCUGAUUUAGAGAUCGGAAGCGGACUUUCUCCCUGCAGCUCACCUGUCGGCCUGUAAGGCUGUGGGCUCCACAUCUCUGCUCCUGUGGCUGCUUCAUCUCUGCUUGUCUAAUGUUACGAUUCUUUGUCCUUAUAUACACAGUGUCCGUUAAUGCACUAAGUCACGCAAAAUCUUUGCCUCCUGUCAAAAAGUUCGAGCUGCCCUUGAACUUGCGCCCUUUCAUGUCAGUGCACGUGGCCAGGGUGAGCCCGUUAUUGUAACCUUGGGCACUGACUAUUUUAUUUAUUUUGUACUUUCAAUUAUCUUUUUUCCUUUCUAUAUCCCUGCUAUAUCAUGCUCAUGAAUAUUUUUGUUCUUUUUCUCAAAAUGGUUUCCUUUCUCUAGAAUUCUGUUGCGUAUUCCCCCCUACCAGCUCCAGGUGUUUCAUGUCCGCUUGUCAUGAUGCAUCUUAUCUGCACAGUAAAAUACUGGUCCUGUCUCAGCAGCUUUUUGCUCUUCUUUUUGGUUGCCUCUCCAGCAUUGCUUCCCGAUCACGACCACACGCAUUCAUCAUUCUCAUCAUCAUUAUCACACGUGACUAUUAUUAAUCAUCUAUAAGAAAGGGAAAGUUUUUUUCUUCAUUCAAACGUCUUGUGAUGAUGUACGAUUGCUACCAUGUUUGUACCGUGGAGUGUGAGAAUUAUGGCCUGUGGUUUUGUAAGAUAAUGUGACUGAUUAAUAAUAAAAAGUCAAAUGAUUA